GACAAGUAUCUGGCGGACAUGGACGAGCUCUUCUCUCAAGUGGAUGAGAAGAGGAAGAAGCGGGACAUCCCUGACUACCUGUGCGGGAAGAUCAGUUUUGAGCUGAUGAGAGAGCCCUGCAUCACGCCCAGCGGCAUCACCUACGACAGGAAGGACAUCGAGGAACAUCUCCAGCGCGUGGGUCAUUUCGAUCCAGUGACGCGGAGUCCCCUGACCCAGGACCAGCUGAUCCCCAACCUCGCCAUGAAGGAGGUGAUAGACGUGUUCAUCUCGGAGAACGGCUGGGUGGAGGAUUACUGA